UAUCAGCCACUUGAUACUACCGUUGACAGUAUUCGACUCCUUGUCUUUAACAGCAACAUUUCAUCGCCUUUCAACCAUGGGCCCGAGAUUAUGCAAUUCGAAAUGAUAAACGUUGAGUUCUCAACAAUGCCCAAAUACCAAGCACUUUCAUAUACUUGGGGUAGUCCGGACAUAACGAAGACCAUCGCAAUUAACGGGGCUGUAGUUGAUAUUCGGCAAAAUCUGUACGAUGCCCUGUUUAAUUUCUACGAACGUCUAGAACGGGGGGCUGAGUUCUUGCUUUGGGUAGAUGCAAUCUGCAUUGAUCAGCAAAAUCUUCAAGAACGCACAAGCCAAGUGCGCCUUAUGGACUUUAUUUACACCCGUGCGCAGUGUGUUAUAAUUUGGCUUGGUCUGCCAGGG